CAGCGCGGCGGAAGUCUCGCAAGAGAGGGGCUGCCUGCCCGCCCGCCCGCCGCCACCCGUCUCCUCACGACGCCCCUGAGGGGAAAAGGGAGAGACGGGGACGCGCGCUCUCUGCUCUCUCGAGACGGAGGACCCGGAGCCGCGGCUUCCCUCAGAGCCGGGCGAGCAUGGCAGACGGAGCUCACGCCCUGCUCGGCGGCGGCGGCGGCAGCCGGGGCUCCAGCCCCUCCGCCAGCCCCCUCCUAGGCAGAGGGGGAAAGAGCCGCUCGCUCCCCACCACCACGUCGUCGUCUUCGUCGUCGUCCUCCGCCUCUUCGCUGCACCAGCAACGGCGGACGCCGCCCGCGUCGCCCAAGCAGCAGCCGCAGCAGCAGCAAGCGGCGUCUCGUGGGAACGCGCCCGGGCAUUGCUUCAAGAGGGUGACCCUCACCAAGCCCACCUUCUGCCACUACUGCACCGACUUCAUCUGGGGGCUGGCCGGGUACCUGUGCGAAGUUUGCAAUUUUAUGUCUCAUGAGAAGUGCCUGAAGCAUGUGAAGAUGCCAUGCUCUUGUGUCGCUCCAAGUCUUGUAAGGGUUCCAGUUGCACAUUGUUUAGGACCUCCAGGACAUUACAAGAGAAAGUUCUGUGCCGUGUGCAGAAAGCUUUUGGAGUCUCCAGCAUUUCGCUGUGAAGUUUGUGAGCUGCACGUGCAUACGGAUUGCGCCCCGUUUGCUUGUAGUGACUGUCGCCAGUGCCAUCAAGAUGGCAGUCAGGAUCACGAUACAUACCAUCAUCACUGGAGGGAGGGAAAUCUUUCUUCAGGUGCACGUUGUAAGGUCUGCAGGAAAACGUGUGGCUCUUCAGAGGUGCUCUCGGGUAUGAGAUGUGAAUGGUGCGGCAUUCUGGCUCAUGCUGCUUGCUCUGUGAUUGUACCUCCAGAAUGUACAUUUGGAAGACUAAGAAACAUGAUUCUUCCUCCAAACUGUGUGCACUUAUGUUCUCGCAACUUCAGUAAAAUGCACUGUUUUCGGAUAUCGGAAAGCUUACAGACAGAAGCAGAUGACGACGACGAUGUUGACAGUUCAACACAAUUAUCACUAAAAGAGUCCCAGGUUUCCACAGACUCAAGUAAACAGAUCUUGAAAAUAUACGACGGGAACGAUGCAGUAAAACGCAAUCAGUUUCGGCUUAUUACGGUCCCAAGGAUUACAAAAAACGAAGAAGUUGUGGAGGCUGCACUGAGGUCAUAUUACAUCAACGAUGAUCCGCAAGAUUAUGAGCUUCAGACAUUCACUCAACAGGCCUUGUUUUGUGAUGACAUCAUUAAUAGGAAUGAUACCACAGAAGAGACCCAGCCGGGGUCUGUAUUCCGAGAAGCCGUUCCUGAAGCUUGGAUCAUUAGAGCCAAACCGAGAGAUAAUGAAGUCAUAAAAAUUUACCCCGGAUGGCUGAAGAUUGGAAUGGCCUGUGUCUCAAUACGAGUAAAUAAAGAAAGCACUACCCAGAUGGUUAUUAAAGAAGUUCUCCCGUUACUAGGACACCAGUUGGAAAACUUUCAGAACUUCAAACUGGUGGAGGUACUCAUGGGCUCUAAGCAAGUUCAACGAAUGGUUCUGGAUGAUCACGAAUUGAUUCUCAGCAGAUUCCAAGACAUAAGAAAGACAUCACUACGUCAGAUGAAUCAAACAAGAUUUUACAUUGUAGAAAACAAUAUAUCAGCUAAGCGGGUACAUUUGUUUGUUGGUGGUCUGCCACCUCAUCUCUCUACAGAUGAAUACACAAACAUCCUCAGAGAUGAAUUAAGCCUCAAAACAAAUCUAGUUUCUGUGAGCCACGUAUAUUCAUCUCAAGGUGCUGUUGUACUAGAAAUUUCAUGUUUUGCUGAAGCCGAAAGACUCUAUAUGCUAGCUAAAGACACCACUGUUAAUGACAAGCCACUAACUGCAGUUGUCAUCCCUGAGGUUCUGCAAACCAACCUUCCUCAGAACUGCUGCCCAUUGCUUGUAUUUGUGAAUCCAAAGAGUGGAGGACUUAAAGGCCGGGCUUUGCUCUACAGUUUUAGAAAACUGUUAAAUCCUCAUCAAGUCUUUGAACUAACGAAUGGAGGACCACUGCCUGGGUUUCACACAUUCUCUCAAAUUCCAUGUUUCCGAAUACUGGUGUGUGGUGGCGAUGGCACUGUUGGUUGGGUUCUUGGCGCCUUGGAAGAGAUCAGACACAAGCUUGCCUGUUCAGAGCCGUCUGUGGCUAUUUUACCUUUGGGAACAGGUAAUGACUUGGGGAGGGUGCUCCGCUGGGGUGCUGGAUAUAGUGGCGAAGAUCCAUACUCCAUUCUGAUAUCUGUAGAUGAAGCUGAUGAUGUUCUUAUGGAUCGCUGGACCAUCCUUUUAGAUGCUCAAGAGGCUAUUGAAAGCGCAGAAAAUGGCGUGCUAGAGCCUGAGCCUCCUAAGAUUGUGCAAAUGAACAAUUACUGUGGCCUUGGAAUUGAUGCAGAGCUGAGCCUAGGCUUUCAUCAUGCCAGGGAAGAGGAGCCAGACAAAUUCAAUAGCAGGUUUCACAACAAAGGUGUCUAUGUAAAAGUCGGAUUGCAGAAAAUGAGCCACACAAGAAAUCUUCAUAAAGAAAUAAAACUUCAAGUGGACCAGCAUGAAGUUGAGCUUCCAAAUAUUGAAGGCCUUAUUUUCAUUAAUAUUCCCAGCUGGGGUUCUGGUGCCGAUCUUUGGGGGUCUGAUAACGAUAAUCGGUUUGAAAAACCAAGAAUUGACGAUGGCUUACUAGAAGUAGUUGGUGUCACUGGAGUUGUUCACAUGGUAAGUCUAGUUCCAGGGGGUCUACGUUCAGGCAUCCGAAUAGCCCAGGGCUCCUACUUCCGGUUGACGCUUCUGAAGCCAAUCCCAGUACAAGUUGAUGGAGAGCCCUGGAUCCAGCCACCAGGCCAGAUCAUUAUUUCUACAGCAGGACCAAAGGUUCAUAUGUUAAAGAAAUCAAAACAGAAACAGAAAAAAUCAGGAAAUUUAAAGGACUCAAGAUCUGAGAGCAUGAUGGUCAAUGAAGUGGGUCGCUGAUGGAAAAUGAUAUCCACAGAACAAAUGCAGCACACCUACUAUAGACGAGAGGAUCUGCCUGGUGUAAAACUGUAUUUGUACAGUUCCAAGUUAAGAAUUGGUUGCACAAGAGCCUGUUGUAAUUAUAUUUCCAUGUUUGUUGUACAGUGCCUAUCCUGUAGCCGACAUGAGAUUUAGUUUAUGCAUCUCAUGUUGGUCGGAGAAGUUCGCAUUAGGUAGCCUUUCCAUAAACCAUUAACCAGUUUUUGCUUCAUGCCCGUAGCCAAUAGAGCAGAGAUCCCAUUAUGCCGUGCUCUUUAUAUACUACGUUUUCCUCGCCUUAUUCUCCCUGGGAGUCACUUAUUUUUAUAAAAUAAGUUUUUAACCCUUAAAAACACACCCCAAACCUACUUAAAGAGUUUUAAAGCUACCCCGGCGUUCCCCAAGAGGGAAACAUGGUGAAGGGAUAAAAUUGUCACUUUUGUGUUGUUGCUGAUUACUUGUGCAAUAAUGCUUUAAGUAGGAUUGGGAGCAAAUGGAUAUCAUUCCAGCGGCACAAUCCCAUUUUCCGCUGCACUAGGUGUGCUGCCACCAUGCCAAAGUUCGCUACAACGUUCCUGGCAGAUUCCAGUUAAGGGAGGCUCUUCCAAACUGCAUAUAAAAGAGAUCCAGCCGCUCCUUCCCAAGUCUGCAAAGCACAGAUUACCCAACACUCCCUUGACUGGAAAGAUGCACUCAGCAGAGAGCUGGCAGGCUUGGCUGAAUGCAAUGGGGAUCACCUCCCGCAUGCAUAGCUCUGUAUGGAUUGUGCCUCGGAUAUUUAGCUACUUUUUCAUUUGCCUGCAUGAACACUUCCACACUACUCAAUGGCUGUGUCUACAUGUAAUGGUAAACAACGUCUUAUCAUCCAGACCAGGGAUUGUGGUUCUCAGUUUCAAAGCUAGCCAGCUGCAAACCAUGAUUCUGCUUGUCAUAUGAACCAGUUUUGUUUUAAGCCACAAUCCCUUGUCCAGAAAGGCAAGACUGGCUGACAUUCAGGAAAAGGAAAACUAAACUCUGGCGAAGUUCUUCUUCUGAUGGCUUAAUGUGUGAACAUGGCCAGUGAACCCUAAAAACCUAAUAUAAUUUUAUCUAUUUUUAUACUGCACAAUCUUUUUCUAUACACUACAAGCUUCUGGUUUUCUCCAUUUCUCUCUCUCUCUUUCUCUCUCUCUCUCUGUUUCUUUUUUAUAGUUCAGGUCCCUAUAUUGAGAUUUUUCUUACUUCAUUCCCUAAAUUCUAAUUUCAUUCCCUAAAUUAUUAUUCUAAUUUCGUUCCCUUAAAUUAUUUUAAUAUACAAAGAGACUAUGAAUGGCAAACCAAUAAUCAGUAAAUAUGGCACAAUUUAGUAAACAAAUCAGCAUUCAAUUUAUGUUAAGUAUUGAUACACUAAGUUGAAAUAUGCCUUAGUUUCUUCUCUGUUGAUGAACUGGUCUACAUGUUUGUUUGUCUUUAAAGUGUGUCUUAUGUGACUAGAUCUAGAUGUGGCUGUACUGAUUGUGCAGAUAAAAAUGCCGCAUAGAAAGGUCCUUGCGUAUAACUAUAGGGAAUCAUUCCCUGCUCUAUAUAUUGACCAUACAAGGAAAUGUUAAUGCAGACUCUGUUCAGACAUAAGGCUAAGCUAUGGUUUGUGGUUAUGUGAACAAGCUGCAUCAAGUCUCAGACUUGCACUCUCUCCCACUUCCUUCUCCAGUAUUAUCAUGAGGAGAUUAGAAGCUUCUACUUCAGUUUUGCUGAAUUGUAACUUGUUGUUAUAUCUGAACCUGGACAAACUAUGGUUUAUGAGUUAUGAAGCUGGCAUGUUUCAGUAAACCGUAGUUGAAACUGACCACCGUUUAGAGCUUAGACAUGAUGUGAAACUAGUUAAUCCAAAAUGGAAGUAAAGGCUUCCGAUCUUUUCUCAACUAUGCUACACUUCAUUCCUGUAAUGAUAAAACCAUCAUUUAUCAUUUCAGGGAUCAGCCACUGCAUGGAUACGAGGAGAUAAAUCAUAGUUUUUCAUUGUGUCCAAAUGAAGAUAGUAUCUUUCUGUGGAUGCUAAUCGCAGAAGGAAGAUUAAACAAGAUAGCUGGUGACUUUAGCAUUGUUUCUGAUAAUACCAAUACAAGCUGUAUUUAAUUAUGGAGAGAGUAUCAUUACUCCUGAAUGCAGAAGCAGUAGCAGUACCCUCAAACAGGGUCAAAAUCCUAUAGAUGCAACAUUGCGUCUUUCAGAUGCUUUUGCAACAAAUAUUCUUAGGCCGCCUUUGUCCAUCUGGAAGCAACCUGAGAGGGCUGUGGUAGCCGCAGUACUGCACUCGUCAUCUGUUCUAAUACCCCAUUUCGUAUGUAGUUAAUGAGAACAUAUCAAGCUUUUGUGCACAACUAUGGCUUUUUUGAAAACGGUGGCAUGCACAGCAUCAGAAAAGCAGUAAAAGUGAGCAACUCCUUUCCCGCUCCACCAGGCAUUCAUGCCUGGGACACUUUGCAACCUAAAGGAACUGCAAGUUGCUCUGGUUUGCAGCAGGUACUCCCGUGAGCAGCUGUCUCAUUGCAUGCGUAAUUGCUGCAGAACAACUCUUCCUACACAACAGGAAUGUCUGCUGGAGCACUGUCAUUUUGACGCGGCAGUCACCGCUGCAAGUGUCUCCUGGGAGAAGGGUGGCGUCGGGCCUGGACCCACCCAGCGAGACUCCAUGGCUUGCCAGUGCUUUAUCUGCACAAAGCUUCCAGUGUUGCUUGUGGGUCCAUUUCUGAUUUGCACUAUGUUUACACAAAGGCUCUCUUCAUGCGCUGUGCGCCACACAGCAAAAACAAAACACUGUGGCUUCUUUGUUACAUGUUAUUUGUCUUCCAGAUUGUUAGAGCACGUUGUAGUUUAAACGUACUUCCACACCGACCAGAGUUCAGCUGGGGAAUGCUGCAUAUUUUGUAGACCUUCUUGUAACAUUGGCAGGUGCUUUCUUUGCAAAAACUCUGAGCUUUGAUACACAGAUGAAUGUGAAUAGACAUUUAAGACCUUUUCAUCUUGUUCGAUCCUUCUAGGUAUAAAAUAUUGUGCAGGUAGAAUAGAAGUAUUCAAGGGGGCUUUGAACUCAUUUUUCUUGAAUGGCAACUACUCCCAUGAAAUACUACUUUAAAACUAAAGGGAGUUUCAUUUCGGAUGAUGCAGUUUGUCAUAUGGCUGGGGAGGGACCAUCAAAUUUCACUGAAUAUGCUCAAAGCCUUGAGCUAUCUCACAGUACCUCUUUUGUUACCAAGCUCUGUAUUUAGUUAUUUAUAGUUUCUCCCUGAAAGCAUAAACUGUUCCUACCUUGGUUUAUCAUAUUGUUGAUUUUCACUGCUCAUUAGUGAAAUUGCACAGUGCAAUAUGCUAUUUAUGAAGAGUGUAUGUUUCCCCAAAUAAAUCCCUUCGAUUGUGAUAUAAAUGGCAGUAGCAUGCUAUGAAUUUGUUGGCAGAAAGUAGCUGCAGCAAGCGACUGGUUCUUGCCAUGCACAAAUAUUGUGCAAUUUAGUACUGGUUUGCACAGCUGCUUGGCUAGAGUAAAGUUGUGCACUAGGAGAAGUACAUCUCCAGCACAAAGUCUAAAUACAACCCAAGAGAGAUUACUUUGAAGUCAAGUGGCAGCUUGUUUUGUCUUUGGUCCAACUCAGCCCUUCAUAUGUGAACUAUGUGCCCCAAAACAAGCUAAAGCUGGCACACCAAGCAGUACUUGUGCACCUGGUGUUUGUGUUUGGGAACUAGAACUUGUUGUUUGCAUUUCAGUCUCUCCACUUCAUGUGAACUAAGGAACAAUGUCUCAUUAGGGGUCUGGGGGAGAUGUAUUGUGAGACAGCUCAUCGGGCACAGCAAAGAGUGCUCUUCCCAGAAUGUAAUCUUAUCCACUGCAUUUUUACUGCAUUCUUCACAUAUAUUUAAUCCAAGUGACAUGUCAUCCUAAUAAUAUUGUAAUUGAGUACGUUCACAGGACUAUUUCAGCAAUAGUUUGUCUGUAAGCCUUUCUCCACUUGUAGACCAUGGCUUUUUGCAGGUUUUUUUAAGGUAAUGGACAGGGAUCCAAAGAUUAACGACAGCCCAUGGAAAAUUAAUUUUGAAACCAGGGAGAUACUUAGGGUCUUUUUGGAGAUGGAAUGGAUUUCCUGCCAGUUUCUAUCAUUUCUCCUGAAACCAUUGAAGCUUCCAGUUGUGAUGGUGUGAUUUGUCAUGGGGACCAUUUUUUCCUAAUAGUAGGCUGCAUCACUAUUAUUUUCAUGCCUGUUUCUCACCUGACUCUAGCCUGGUGCAGAUGUACCAUUAGCUCCCUGCAAAGCAUGGGUUGCAGAAACUUGCAGUUCCUCCCUUUUCCUUGCAUUAACUAUGGCUUUGCAUAACCAUGGUUUGUGAUGGUGCACAGUAAACGCAGAGGUAAUCCUGGUUUGCAAGCAUAUUUCAGCUUCUAGUCUACAAGGGAACCAUGGCUGGUUUGACACAAAUGUAAGGCAACCAAAGUGAACUCCAGGAAGGCAGUGGAGGAAGCGGGGGAGAGUUUUGAGGAGAGAGCACAUGCUUCUGAUGUGCAAACCAUGGUUUGCAUGAACCUAGCAUUUAAUCUGUAUUGGAGUCAGGAGUCAGGAUUGUGGCUAAUUCAAACAUUGUUUUUGUAUGUGAUGCACAGGUCCACACUCAGGUGUGCAGAGAUGUGGAGUUUCUAAAAUCAAUGUGUGCGUGUACCUUUAUAUACAUUAUGAAGUAAAUGCAUGGUCCAACUUUCCAGGACAAAACCCCCCUAUUACCACUAGCGCAGCUUUUCUCACUGUACAAAGCGCUCAUCUUCAUGUCCAAGCUUAGGUCAGCAUUGACAAAAAUGUAGUGCUGUAAUCUGUAUUCAUGCAAGGAUCUUUGAAAUCAACUGCAUUAGUGAUUUCAGCCAAUACUCUUAAAAAAAAAAAUCAGGACCUGCAUCCAUUGUUUACAUGCUAUCUUUGUUUUGCACUUGUAAUUGUAAGAGAAAUUGCAUUAUAUUUGGUAUAGCUUAAUACAAAGCCCUUUUUGUACAAGUGCAUUUUAGGAUUGAGGUCGUGUCUGAAGUACACCACAGGAAAUUCAGUUUUGUAAUUCCAGUAUAUUCAUUUAUGCCUAUUUAACUACCCCCUCUCCCCCCCCCUGUUGCCCACUCAGAGAUUCAGGAGAGGAAUAGAGCAGGCUACUAAUAAAUUAACUGAAAGUUCACUUUUAACCUCAGAUAUAAACUGCAUGUUAAAGAUUUGUAAAGUAAAACCCUAUACAGACAUUCUGUCCGACGGACAGUGUUAGCUUUCAGCGCUUGCAUUGGGACCAAUGCACACACAGCUCAAUGUGUAUUGGACUGUAGCACAUUGUGCUCUCCAAUUUUGUGGUAUACAGAUCUUGUAGCUUGGGUGUUUGCAGAUUGAGCUCUGUCUUUUUGCAAAUGUGACAUUGGGGCAGCACACUGGAUCUACUGUGCAUUGGAUCAAAUGUGUACAAAGAUCCUUUCUCUUCCUGAGCUGAGCAGAACUUAAGUCAUUCCCAAACCUCUUGUGUAAAUUUAGCCCUGUUCAGUUCCAUGGGAACAAAUUACUGUGACGAUUCUGUCUGCCCUUUAUCUACAGCCACAUUGAGCUGAAGCACUACAUCCCCAAAUCAUGUUAUGUUAAAGAUCCAUAGCCAGAUAUUCUAACAGUUGUGUAAGAUUCAGAGCAGCUAGUCUCCCCCAAAUUGGGUCUGCGUGGCGCUAGAGAAGGUAGAGUUAUAUUAUUGCUUGCAAUGUUUUCUCACUUGAAAUUUGUCCCAAAGCUGCUAUGGGUCAUGUUGGGGGAAAGCCUUUUGAUGCUCCCCCAUGGGAGCUUUGGGAGGUGAUUAUGAGUGAGGAAACAAAAAGGGAUUUAAAAACAACCCAGCCUCAUUGCUUAGAUCCAGUUCUCGCUCACAUGCAGCCGCAAAGCCUCUGUCUGUCUGUCUGUCUGUAUUAAGUUAGGGAGUCUUCCAACAAAAUGUGUAGCUGAAAUCCAUGUACUUCAGACUGACUAGGUUGUGAAUUGGGUUAUACUGGAACAGGUGCUGCAUUCGUUAUGGUUUUAACUUCCUAUAGUUCUGCGUUGAAUGUAAAGCGAAUCUUUGCAUUGCUUACAGUAGCAUAAUUUAAUGCAGUUAGGUUAGCAAAUUUAAUGUUUACAAGAUGGUGACUGUUGAUUGUAAGCUUCCAUAUCGAUGCACUGCUUCCACUGGAAGGCUUGUCUGUCUACUUGCUUAUGACAGUUAAUGGUAUUAAUUGCCUUUCUUGACACAACCUCUUAAGUAGAACCCUUCAAAAGCUGUGGGCGGUUUUUUGUUAAAAAAAUAAAUUCUUUUGAAGACCAGGAUGAGAAAAGUUUGUGUUGACACAAAUAUUGAAUUAGAAUAUUUUUAAGAAGGUUUAUAUUUUCUGAAGAUAAUUUAUAAGGAAGGUUUUCUAUGCAAUUAUAGUAGCGUUGAUGUAAAUGAUAAUUCAGAUAUUCAUUCUGUAAACAACUAAGAACCUAUUUUCAGGGUUGUGCCCCUCCCCUUCAGACUUAAUAAAAAGUAUGUUUAUAGGUCCCUUUAAUGCUGCAUUUUCUUGUAACAUUUCAGUACAUGCCAAACUUCAUACACAAAUAUGGCUUCCAAGCAGGGAAUUUUAAUUUCCCAUGUACAUGCAAUUGUAUAUGACAAGCACACAUGCAUAUUUCCCUGUGUAAAACACACGUGAUUGGAAACCCUAAUCUGGGACAGUUGAGGUCCAGAGACAUACUAAAAUACAUGUGUGUCGAUCACAGUGGUUGCAUGUGCUAACUGUGUGCAUUAUUUCCUAUAUGGAAAGUGAAAUUUGGUUUGUAUAAAGCUGGUCCUUUUCAGCAGGGAAUGCUUUGCGCAGUGUUAUGAGGUGGAUUGCAUGAAUCAUUUUAUGUAAAUCAUGCUUGGUCCUUCUUGCAUAUCUACAGUUGAGAGAACUUGGAACAGCUGCUUAGCUUAAAAUUUCCAUAUAUGUCUGCAUUGAGCUGUGCUCAUUCUUCUCAGUCAGUGAUUUUCAAACUGGCCCAGCCUGGUAAAAGUUUCAGAGUUGUAUAGUACAAAUAAUGAAUGUGCCCUAGAACACCCCAUACAGAAUUGCACUGCACAAUUAAUUCUGGCGGGCAAGCUGUCUUUCAGGGGAGCUUGUUCACCAUUGUGUAUUAUCUCACCAAAGAGAAUCUCUGAUCAGCUUGCAAGGAAUCUUAGGUUUAACCUCCACAGCACAGUUUGAAGACCACUGCUAUGAGUAUAAUGUGCAAAUUCUUCGUGUUUGGUCACCUCUUGAUGAUCCUGUUUGCUUAAUUUUCCAAUAAUUUGUUUAAACCAGAUUGUUCUGAUGUGGCCUUGUUAGAAUUUAUUCACUUUCUACCAAUUCUGGCCAAAUCUAUACAAACAAAGGACAGGCACAAUUUUGUGCUUUUGGAGCCCAUGACUGCUCUGUUUCCCAAAAUAGCAACAGUAUAUAUAAUGUGUUAGAAAUGAGCUGAGAGAAACUUAAUUUGGCAAAUGUUAAAUGCAAAAAUUAGUAUUUUUUUCUGCUCAUUUCUUUGUAACUAAGGGAAGAUGUCUAGAUACAUUCUUGCUCUUGUUCGAUGAAGGCUAAAUAGGAACUAUAAUCUAGUGGAAUUGCAAACUUCAGGCCACAUCUACACUACAAAUACAUCAAUUUUAUUCCAGUGCGGUCGGGUAUUAGAAGUCUAAAUAUAUGCUGGGCACAUAUGUUCAGUGCUGUGGCUCAUCUUGAACUGUAAAACAUUUACUCAUUUUGGUAGUAGAUGCAGUGGUUCUCAUACUCUGGAGUUACCCCCUUUUCCUCUUCGGUGAUGUGGGGGGAAAGUUGCAGGGAGGUAUUAGGCCCAGCUGUGGAAAAGGCCAGACACAUUUUUGUCUUGGCAGCAGAGCCUGAGCUUUGCAGCCACCCAAACUUUGCUAACCCUGCAAGCUGUAGAUAAGAGAUCUUCUGGCCACGGAGCUUCCCUCCUUCCUGCUUCCUCCUAUGGAAGACCUGGAGGUUCCGUGUUGUAGGACUAAUCUAAUGCUGGCGUUGAAUUAAUGGCUCAGUCCACAGAUCCCACAGUGGGCUGAAUACAUGUCCUGAUAUGUGAGAGGUUGUGUGUGCUCACCAGCCAAAGAGAUGGCUUUGAAAGUGCAGUAAGCUUAGAAGUGGGCCUGGGUUUUAAAAAAUCAAUCUGAGAAACACUGUGUGAGAAAGUUUGAGACCCAUUUAAAUAAGCUGAGCAAAGUUUAGUAGCGAAUAGCUUUAAAAGCACCCCUGAUUAUGCCACAAUGCAAAAUUUACCACCUGCAAUAGUUUGCCUAUUGUGUAGUUCUUGCUCUUUGCAAUCUGUGUGCUUAAUAAUUCGCUCGAGUAAUUGUAAAAUUAUAACCAUUAGGUGAACCGUUUCCACAUUGUGUGCCUAAACAGAAGCUAGAAAUGCACAUCAUAUUUGUUUACUUGUUCUUCUGUCUUAAACAGGGUUUUUAUUGUGUACUAGUUUCUAGAUGUCUGCCUUGUAAACCCCUUCUUCUUGCCUUUGAAUGAUCAGUCCUGACACGCAAUGACUGUAAAAGAAUUAUUUAUAUAGUGUGCUCUUUCUUUUUUUAUUUAAAUAUCAGUUUGUCUUCAGAGUAUAUACUAUAUUCGUAGAGAGAUUCUGUGUAUAUUUUUGCUACGUAUUUGUGUUUGGUUUCAUUUUGAUUGUAUGUAUAUUUUUGCACUGAUUUGAAAUUCUGUAUCGAUUGCUUUGUGAGUAUUGACCAUCUGAUUAGAAUUUGUCUGUGACAAAUAUAACUGCUAAUUUCUGUUGAGCCCUGAAUAAACUGGCCCUGUUGUGUUUUGUGGCAACAAGAA